CGCCUGUCGAGGGCGCCAGACUCACUCGUUCCCCUCACCGCCGCACCCUCGAGUCUGGACUGGACGGCGCUCACACAUAGUAUCCGUUUCGCGCACACGCUUAAACACAGGCCCGCGACAUGGGCUGCGCGACCUGGACUUCCGUCACCACAGCUAAGAGCUCAAGAUGAGGACAGCCAACGAAUACCCGCACGUCAACCCCCUCGCCUUGCACGCGCCCUCGCCCGGAGCCAUGAACGGCACAGCAGCAGCCCCUGCGGCGCCACCGCAACCACAGAGCCCUGACAGUGCAACGCCUGCGCGUCCUAGCACUGCAUCAGACUCCCAGCCCAACCUGGCUGCCAUGAACGGGCUCGACGCGGACGCCGUGUCCUCGCGGCGGCCAAGCAGCACACGCUCCUUCUCGCGUCCGCAAAUGCUGCGCGCGAGGAGCGACUUUGGACCCCGCCAUUUUGAGACGACGCCCUCAGACAGCGGAGCCGACGAAGCCGGCAGCGUCGACGGCCACUUCAAGAUCCGGCACGGCUGGGAUGACCAACUCAAUUCGGAGGAGUACAACCAGCUGUUGACAUCAUCUUUCUUCAUGUACUAUACGGAAAAGAAACACGAGACGGGCGGCAUACCCAAGAGCGAGGGCAGCGCGUACCCGCUCCAGGAAUGGCGCAUGCGCGACCGCCUGAAGACCGUCUCCGCUGUGCUUGCCCUCUGCCUCAACAUUGGAGUCGACCCCCCGGAUGUGAUCAAGACCAAUCCCUGUGCAAAAGAGGAGUGCUGGAUCGAUCCCACCGUCACAUCACAGACCCCGGGCCACACCCCGAUGAACCAAAUUGGGAAGGCGUUGCAGACGCAGUACGAGCAGCUCAGCAUGCGCACGCGCUAUAAGCUCUUGCUGGACCCAACCACCGAAGAGACCCGCAAGUAUACAUCCACACUUCGCCGCAAUGCACGCAACGAGAGGGUUCUGUUCCACUACAAUGGCCAUGGGGUGCCUCGGCCGACCUCGUCUGGCGAAAUAUGGGUCUUCAACCGGAACUACACCCAAUACAUCCCACUGUCUCUGUAUGACCUUCAGAGCUGGAUAGGCGCGCCCAGUCUGUUCGUCUACGACUGCUCUGACGCCGGGCUGAUCAUCUCCAACUUCCUUCGUUUCGCUGAGAAACACCAGCUGGAGUUUGAAGAAGCCCAGCGGCGGGACCCAAACGUAGAGGUUGUAGAUUUUCAUGACUGCAUACACCUCGCAGCUUGCCGCGAAAAAGAGUCCCUACCAACCAACCCCGAUCUCCCUGCGGACGUCUUCACGUCGUGCCUGACGGACCCUAUCACCAUGGCGGUCAAGUUCUUCAUCUUGCAGAAUCCGCUUCCAAGCAACGUCACUCUCCGUGAUGCACACAACAUCCCUGGCAAAGUCUCCGAGCGUAGGACGCCCAUUGGCGAGCUCAAUUGGAUAUUCACUGCUAUCACCGACACAAUCGCCUGGAACUCCCUCUCCAAACCUCUGUUCAAGAAGCUUUUCAGGCAGGAUCUAAUGGUGGCAGCACUGUUUCGGAAUUACCUACUUGCGCAGCGUGUGAUGAGGGCGUACCAUUGCAAUCCAGUGUCUCAUCCCGAAAUUCCUCAAACCCACGACCAUCCUUUGUGGCGCAGCUGGGAUCUAGCUGUCGAGUUGAUUCUGGCUCAGCUACCUGAUCUCCAGGCUGAAGCUCGUGGCGAGAAAGAAUAUACCUACAGACACUCUGACUUCUUCUCUGAGCAACUAACCGCCUUUGAAGUUUAUCUGCAGCAGGGCGCUGUCGAGCAGAAGAUUCCCGAACAGCUGCCAAUCGUGCUACAGGUGCUUCUUAGCCAGGUCCAUCGAUUGCGAGCUCUCAUUCUCCUUUCAAGUUUCCUGGAUCACGGGCCCUGGGCUGUAAACCUAGCGCUCAGCAUCGGCAUUUUUCCAUACGUCCUCAAGCUUCUACAAUCGCAAGCCAAUGAGCUGAAACCCGUCAUGGUCUUCAUAUGGGCACGCAUCCUCGCGGUCGACCAAUCCUGUCAGACCGAUCUUCUCAAGGACAACGGCUAUCAAUACUUCAUUAACAUCUUCAACCCCAACUCGGGUAUCCCCAUUCAGAAUGCUAGCGAACACCGCGCGAUGUGCGCUUUCAUCAUUGCUAUGUUCUGCAAAGACUAUAACCAGGGGCAGCGUGCUUCCCUGAGUCCAGAGCUUGUGGACAGUUGCCUGGAUCACCUCAAAGAUAUCCAGAAUCCUCUCCUGCGACAGUGGUCAUGCCUCUGUCUGGGCAAGCUUUGGGUUAACUACGAAGAGGCGAAAUGGGUCGGCAUUCGAUGUAUGGCGCAUGAACGCCUGUGCGAGCUCGUCUUUGAUCCCGUAUCCGAGGUCCGGGCAGCGAUGCUGCAUGCCCUCACUGCCUUCUUGGGCAUUCGCGAUGUUACGACUCAGGUCGCUACCAUUGAAGAAUCAAUCGCUUCGAUGAUUCUUGUGAUGACGACGGAUGGGAACAGCAUGGUGCGUAGGGAAUUGUUGAUAUUCUUCUCAACCUUCGUUCUCCGCUACAAAACCAAGUUUCUGGUCGCUGCUUUCGAGCAGAUUUCAGAGGAAGUCAACAGCGACACCUCCGGAAAGGAAAAUGAAACUGGCGAUGGUCUCUACAUGAAGGGGCGUGCUUCCAAAACAGCUGUUGCAGCUCUCUCUACAUCGUGUUCACAGAACACAAUCUAUGCCGCUAUUUGGAGGGAAGUCAUGGUGAUGGCGGCGGAUCCUCACCCCGAGGUGGCCAGGGACGCAAGCGCCGUGGUGGACUACGUUCUUCUCGCCCUUCUCCAGUCUCCACUAGCCAAGUUUGCCGGACCGCUCUUCGACGAGCUCGUCCGGAGAAGUCCUGUGGAUCGCGCACAACGACGGGUACACCAGGAGAGGCCCGUGCAACAGCCUACCCAACCACCGACGCCCUCGAAGGAGGCGAGCUACCUGUCACUGCUGGGUGGUCUUCGGCGAACAGGAAGCGUCGCAGCCUCACUAAAAACAAUCUGGACUGGUCACGACUCUUCGACCUCCCCACAGAAGAGCCCCAGCCGUGCAAAGUUCGAUGAGUACAACUCGUCAACGGAUACACGUCCGCAGACCCCGGAACGCUACAACGUUGAAGAGCAACCUAAGACAAGGGGUUUCCUGCCAAGAAGCCUAGGAGUACCGCCAGAGCUUCCUUUGAAGAGCAGGAUCUUUGAGUGGUCCGUGGAAUACUUCCGAGAGCCGCAGAUGAAGCCUACCGAGGCCGACGAACCCGGCAGCACUGACUACAAUGGACGGCUGUGGCGGCGAAAUCGUAACGACAAGAUCAUUGCAGAGACUCAACCUUUGAAAGAGGUGGCCGUCGUGAAUCACUGGAACCAUCAGCACGCGCUUUUUGACAAUCUCAGCCAGCCAAUGAAGAUGUGCUUCCAUCAAUUUGAAGAACAUGUUGUGGUCACAGACAAUAAAGACACAAUAAACGUAAUCGAGUACUCUGGAGGUCCAACUCGGAGGAUCAAUUGCUUUUCAAACGGUAACCCAGCAGAAUCCAGGAUCACCGAAGCGCGUUUCAUCAACGAAGACGACCAGGCUCUUCUUAUGACUGGGUCUUCCGACGGCGUGAUCAAGAUCUUCCGCAACUACGACACACGGGGCAAGACUGAGCUAGUCACGGCUUUCCGCGCUUUGACCGAUCUGGUUCCCAGCAAUAGGAAUGCUGGGCUUGUUUUCGACUGGCAGCAGGGCAGAGGAUCCAUCUUAGUGGCCGGUGACGUGAAGGUGAUCCGGGUGUGGAAUGCCGGUACCGAGAUCUGCACAAGCGACAUACCCGCACGUUCUGGUUCCUGCAUUACCUCACUCACGUCCGACCAAGUCGAAGGUAACGUGUUCAUCGCGGGCUUUGGCGAUGGCGCCGUCCGCGUCUAUGACCAGCGCCAGAAACCCGCCACCGCCAUGGUCAAGGUCUGGAAGGAGCACAAGCAGUGGGUCACAAAUGUACACCUGCAGCGCGGCGGCCAGCGCGAGCUCAUCAGUGGCUGCCGCGACGGCGAAGUCAAGCUCUGGGACAUCCGCAUGGACAAAAGCGUCAAGACGAUCCAAGCGACGAGCGACCACCUCAAGACGCUCAGCGUGCACGAGCACGCGCCCGUCUUCGCCGUCGGCACGCAGCGCCACCAGGUCAAGAUAUUCAACAUUAACACUGGGCGCACGGUCAGCACGUGGGAGCCGUACUCGGGCUUCCUCCGCGAUCGCAGCCAGCCUGUCACAGCGACUGCGUUUCAUCCCCACAAGCUGAUGAUUGCGGCGAGCGCGGCGCAUAGUAAUUUCGUGAGCGUGCACACGUGCAAUGUCGCACGGCAACAGCAGAAUCACCAUGCGAGGACGGCGAGCGGCGUGGUCAAGACUUGGGAUGGUAAUACUUGAACAGCCUGAGCCUUCGCUCCAUCUCUUUUUCUGGGCCUUACUUACACUGCGACUCUGUGCUGACCCGCGCCGUGGUAGUGUCUGCACGACGCAUCGCGGCUUUUUGCCGAGCGUCGUUCUCAGACGGUAGAAUUGUUGGAGAUGCGAAGGCCGCAGUCGACGAGUCGGGUUCCAGUACGUUUAGCUUUGCGGAGCAUGUGGGUCUGCCGGGUGUGCGUGUGCGUGUUUCUUCGGGGGUUUCGCCCUAGCGAAUUGUUUCUGAGGCGUUUCUUGGGAUGAAUGGCAUAGCGGGUGGGGAGCAUGGGCAUUGGCAUAUGGCGCACUGGGGCUUUGGAUGGGAUGGGUGUUAAUGAGGGCGUUUUGGGCUGGGAUGGCAUGGGUGAAUGAUUGGAUGGGGCGGGGGGGUUCUGCUUUGGCAGCUUGUGGGUAUGGCUGUAAGGGCGGGAUGCGGAGGAG